AGUAGCCAGAGCACCGCUUGCCAUGGCUUGGAGGGGUUGCUGCAGGCUGCAGCUCCAGCUGCGAAGGUGCCUUGGACGCAAACAGGUGUGGGGGCGCCGAGGGAUUGCCUCCUGCAUUGAUCCUUCGGUGGGUUUGACGGAGGAACAGAAAGAAUUCCAAAGAGUUGCCUUUGACUUUGCUGCCAAGGAGUUGGCCCCUCAUAUGUCCGAAUGGGAUGAAAAGGAAAUAUUCCCAGUGGGAACUCUGAGGAAAGCAUCCCAGCUGGGGUUUGGUGGGAUCUAUGUGCGGCCAGAUGUGGGGGGCUCGGGAUUGUCCCGGCUGGACACCUCCAUCAUCUUCGAGGCCCUGUCGACAGGAUGUGUCAGUACCACGGCCUAUAUCAGCAUCCACAACAUGUGCGCCUGGAUGAUUGACACCUUCGGGAACGAAGAGCAGAGGCGCAGGUUCUGCCCCUCGCUUUGCAGCAUGGAGAAGCUUGCUUCUUACUGCCUGACUGAGCCAGGAAGUGGGAGCGACGCUGCUUCUUUGCUGACUUCCGCCAAGAGGAAAGGCGACACUUACAUCCUGAAUGGCUCCAAGGCUUUCAUCAGUGGCGGUGGUGAUACAGAUGUGUAUGUGGUCAUGUGCCGGACGGGAGGGCCAGGUGCCAAAGGCAUCUCCUGCUUGGUGCUGGAGAAAGGAAUCCCGGGGCUGAGCUUUGGAAAGAAGGAGAGGAAGGUGGGCUGGAACUCCCAGCCGACCCGGGCUGUGAUAUUUGAAGACUGCGCCGUUCCGGUGGCCAACCGACUGGGGGAGGAAGGGCAGGGCUUCAACAUUGCCAUGAAGGGCCUGAAUGGAGGGAGGGUUAACAUUGCUUCGUGUUCGCUGGGCGCUGCCCACGCCUGCACCCUCUUGGCCCGGGAUCACCUCAAUGUCCGCAAGCAAUUUGGGGAACUGCUGGCGAGCAAUCAGUACCUCCAGUUCCAGCUGGCUGAGAUGGCGACGCGUCUCGUGGCGGCCCGGCUGAUGGUGCGGAACGCGGCUCAGGCUCUGCAGGAGAACCGGGAGGACGCCAUGGCUCUCUGCGCCAUGGCCAAGCUCUUUGCCACGGAUGAGUGCUUUGCGAUCUGCAACCAAGCCCUGCAGAUGCAUGGCGGCUAUGGGUACCUGAAGGACUACGCCGUGCAGCAGUUUGUGCGAGAUAUCCGAGUGCACCAGAUUUUGGAAGGUACCAACGAGGUGAUGAGGAUGAUUGUGGCACGAAGUCUGUUACAGGCAUAGAACUGAGAGCUGGUCUCUUCAUUCUUUCCACUCCAACAACUACGGAGCUGUCUGUUGCUUUGGCAGUCCUUGCGUGAAACGCAACACUGUUUUCGUACCAGGCAGUGCCUGCGGGGAGGGGGACAAACGCCCCCUAGAUCUAAAUGGAACCUUUUGUCCUUGGAAGUCCCAACUCUGAGCCAUCUGCUGAUAUUCCUUGGGAAGAAACAUCGCUGCUUAGAGUCGGCCAGCCUAUAUCCUUCUUGAUACUGUCCUCUCAGUUGCCUGGCUUGUUGUUGCAAACUAGGUGGGCAUGGCCUACUAAUGACCAUGGAACACCAGGAAAAAUCCCUAUGGAUUCUACGCAGGAUGGAAAGCAAGAAUAUCUUCCGGCUCAAUUCACAUUUCCCGGCAAUGGCCUUCCCCCCCACCAAAGGGCAUAUGAAACCACAGAUGCCUCCUGAAGCGCUGCUUCUUUAACUGGACCAGAGCUCCGGUUUUAGGUCAAACGACAGGAAAAAGAGGUGGAUUUCAUUUCUUGGCUGUCAAUAAUCCCUCCACGCUUUCUCCUCAAUGAAACCACCGAUUUUCUCCAACGUCAAAUGGCAUGCUUGUUCUUCUUCCCACUGGUGCCCGUUGAUCACACCGAAAGAUGAGAAAUGGACAUUUGGCGUCCCACAGACUUGCCGCGUGACCUUUUCUAGGGAUCCAGCAAGGAAAGGAAUCCAAGGGAGGAUCGGUUUGUUUUUCAACCUUAGAAUCAAUACGGGCUGAUUUCCUUGUGCUGUUUCUUGUUCCAUUAAGCCUUCAAUCUCUCUUCUAGCAGCAAUUUGUUCUCUCUGGAGAGAACUCUCUUGAGUUCAAACUGCAGAGAUCCAGGAUGUGGCGUGGGGGAGGGGGACGGAAGGAAGGAAGGGCUUUCCUAGUUCUCCACCAACCCAAAUAAAAAUUUAUUCUAGAUGCAA